CCUCGCCUUUCUUACGACAGCACUACGCAUGCGCCUUGGAAGGAGGGGCCAGUUUUUGGGAAGGGUAAGGGGCGGGCCUUGGCCGAGGUCUCAGCGCGACUGCGCAGACGGGGGCCCUACUGGAACAUGGCGACUUGCGCUGAAAUUUUGCGGAGCGAGUUCCCCGAAAUUGACGGACAGGUCUUCGACUACGUGACGGGCGUCUUGCACAGCGGCAGCGCGGACUUCGAAUCUGUGGAUGAUCUGGUGGAAGCUGUGGGGGAACUGUUGCAAGAAGUGUCCGGGGACAGCAAGGAUGACGCGGGCAUCAGAGCAGUGUGCCAGCGCAUGUACAACACUCUGCGACUGGCUGAGCCACAGAGCCAGGGAAACAGCCAGGUGCUACUAGACGCCCCCAUCCAGUUGUCAAAAAUAACGGAGAACUACGACAGUGGCACCAACCUUCCAGGACUGCUAAAGAGGGAACAAUCCUCGACAGUGAAUGCAAAGAAGCUAGAGAAGGCUGAGGCUCGACUGAAGGCAAAGCAGGAGAAACGUUCAGAGAAGGACACACUCAAGACUAGCAACCCUCUAGUCUUGGAAGAGGCAUCAGCCAGCCAGGCAGGCAGCAGAAAAGAGAGUCGGUUGGAGUCAUCGGGCAAGAACAAAUCCUACGAUGUGCGAAUUGAGAACUUUGAUGUGUCUUUUGGUGAUAGGGUACUGCUGGCUGGUGCAGAUGUGAACCUGGCCUGGGGCCGCCGCUAUGGGCUGGUGGGUCGGAAUGGGCUAGGGAAGACGACGCUGCUGAAGAUGCUGGCCACCCGGAGCCUGAGGGUUCCAGCCCAUAUUUCGCUGCUGCAUGUAGAGCAGGAGGUUGCUGGAGAUGACACCCCUGCCCUGCAGAGUGUGUUGGAGAGUGACACUGUGCGAGAAGACCUUCUGCGGCAGGAGCGGGAGCUUAGCGCCCUCAUUGCUGCUGGCAGGGCCGAGGGCGCAGAAGCGGCACAGCUGGCAGAAAUCUAUGCCAAAUUGGAAGAGAUUGAGGCUGACAAAGCACCUGCCAGGGCAUCAGUCAUUCUUGCUGGGCUUGGCUUUACACCUAAAAUGCAGCAGCAGCCCACCCGGGAGUUCUCAGGUGGCUGGAGGAUGAGACUGGCCCUUGCCCGGGCCCUGUUUGCUAGGCCUGAUCUUCUGCUGUUAGAUGAACCCACAAACAUGCUGGAUGUAAGGGCCAUCCUGUGGCUGGAGAAUUACCUGCAGACGUGGCCCUCCACAAUCCUGGUCGUCUCCCACGACCGAAACUUCCUGAAUGCCAUAGCCACAGACAUCAUCCACCUGCACAGCCAGCGGCUAGAUGGUUACCGGGGAGACUUUGAGACCUUCAUCAAGACCAAGCAGGAGCGGCUACUCAACCAGCAGCGUGAAUAUGAGGCACAACAGCAGUAUCGCCAGCAUAUCCAGGUUUUCAUUGACCGGUUUCGCUACAAUGCCAACAGAGCCUCUCAAGUACAGAGUAAAAUCAAGAUGCUGGAUAAGCUACCAAAGCUGAAACCUGUGGACAAGGAGUUGGAGGUAGUGAUGAAGUUCCCUGAUGGGUUUGAGAAGUUCUCACCGCCAGUUCUGCAACUAGAUGAGGUGGAUUUCUACUAUGAUCCCAAGCACGUCAUCUUCAGCCGUCUCUCUGUCUCUGCUGAUCUUGAGUCCCGCAUCUGUGUGGUUGGGGAGAAUGGAGCUGGGAAGUCGACCAUGCUGAAGCUGCUUAUGGGGGACCUGACACCUGUUCAAGGCAUCAGACAUGCUCACAGGAAUCUGAAGAUUGGCUAUUUCAGCCAGCACCAUGUGGAUCAGCUGGACCUGAAUGUCAGUGCUGUGGAACUGCUGGCAUGCAAGUUUCCUGGACGGCCUGAGGAGGAGUAUCGUCACCAGCUGGGCCGGUAUGGCAUCUCUGGAGAACUGGCCAUGCGCCCCGUUGCCAGCUUGUCCGGGGGCCAGAAGAGCCGGGUAGCCUUUGCUCAGAUGACCAUGCCCUGCCCCAACUUCUAUAUUCUGGAUGAACCCACAAACCACCUGGAUAUGGAGACGAUUGAGGCUCUGGGCCAUGCUCUCAACAAUUUCAGGGGUGGUGUGAUUCUGGUGUCCCACGAUGAGCGCUUCAUCCGGCUGGUGUGCCGGGAAUUGUGGGUGUGUGAAGGAGGCGGCGUCACCCGGGUCGAGGGGGGAUUUGACCAGUACCGCGCCCUUCUCCAGGAACAGUUCCGCCGUGAGGGCUUUCUAUAGGGCCACUAGGCUGAGCACCGCCCAGGACAUGGACUGAUCUCUCGGACCCCUGGUCUACCAUGUAGGCAAACAUCUCCAGGCCAUGGACUUCGCCCGACUUUGGGGACAGCCUUAUUCCCCAUUCUUUCCUUUUGACUGGAGCAUCCUCUGCACAUCCAAGGAGCCCCAUCUAAGGGUCCGUGAGAACUGGUCUUCCAAGUGGAAGGGGUUGGGGGGUGCCCUCUGGGGUUAUAGAUCCCCCCACUGCCCCAGCUCUCACUGGGCCCCGAGUGGCUGCUAUGUAAAUUAAAUCUCCCUUGCCUCAUCUCUGCUGUUCCCUGGCAGGGCUGCAGUUUGUUAAUGGGUAUGGGCUCUCUGAUUUGGUGUUUUCCUGUGACACUUGUAUCAAUCACACAGAGGAAGCCAUGGCAUCACCAGCCUUGUCCCUGGAAGGAGACAUCAUUAAAGUCGCUGGGGCUCGGAGGUCAUCUGCCUGACCUUGCAGUGGGCUGAGCUGAUGGAAUGAAGGGCACUGUGUUACAUCACUGUGGUGCUGUUCCCUAUAGUUCAGGCUCAGCCUCAGCUGAAGAGAUCUUGGAUUCUGCCGUCUCAGCCUUACUGCUUGGGAGAGUGAACUGAUUCUGUAAUCUGGCAGCCUUAAACAUGGUUUGCCAACUGCUUUCUCCAGUAGUCUCUGGCCCAUGCUCACCCUGCUUCUCUGAUCUGGACCCUCAGAUGAGGCUGAAGAGAAACCAAGAAACUUUUUAUCCCCAUUUUGCUGGGGUGACUUUAUUUUCUUUAUUUUUCCUCUAACCAUGUAGGAGGGGCCUGGAAAGUAGUGAACUGAGAAUGGGGUCUAAUAGGAAGAAACAGAGCACUGUGUUUUCAAAUUAAGCAGACUUUAAGGGGGGAUGUUUAACAGAGAUAGUAUGAUUUAUACUAUUGUUUCUCGAGGACUCAGCUGCUGUAUGUAAUUGCUAUGCAGAAGACACUAAGAUAGAGACAUUGCUUUGCUCUCACUGACAGUGGAGAAACCAGAGUCAACAGAAGGAACUUGCUGGCUUUGUGGAGAAUUGUAGUCACAAAGCUCAACUGAGGAACGUUAACUCAGCUACUAAGGUUAUUAUAGGUAGCUGGGAGAGAGAUACCUAUUUUGGAGUAAAGGAGGAUAAAGACAGGAAGGCUCUAUUGAUUGACCACAGAGCAGGCCGUGAUGGAUGAAGCCAGCAGAAGGGCACUAAUUGGCCUGCCUCCUCAGCCUCUCGCUUCUUUUCGGAAGCCAGAGGAGGUGUUCCCCUAGCCGUGUCUGUGGCCAUGUGCACCCUCACACUCCUGAAAGCCUUCUCACAGCCUCCAUCACUGCCAACCUCAGACCUGCAGAUGGGCCAGUUGAGAGCCAUCUGGUGUAGGAUCUGUGUUGCUUAUUUGCUGGAUUCUCAGCAUCUUCACCCCUCACAAGCUUGUGAAUCCCAGUAUGAGUUCUCCCAACUCCUUAGAGUGUUGGAGUGCAGCCGAAAGGUUCUGUGACACAACCUGCUUCUUUUGGAGGUAGAUGGCUUUGUAUACGACAAGCCCUGGAGUUGGAGUUGGGUUUAAGAUCAAGUUUCAGCUCUAUUGGUAAUAAAAGGGGUCACCAGUAUUAGCUGAGUAACCUUUUUAAACAACUCCUACUCGGUUUCUUUAUAGGAUUGGCUGACAAGCACAUAAUACAUAAAUGCACUGAGAAAAUGAUUCUUGUGUGACCAGUCUGAAGGACUGUCAUAUGGGAAAAGGAAUAAAUGUUCUCUGACUCCAAAGGUAUACCAAUUUGGGCUCAAAGGAAGGAAAAGUUUUUCAAUAGCUCAUGCUGCCUUCUGAGAGUGAGUUCCCAGUGGCUGGGACUGUUCAGCCCUGCCAGACUCUAGAGGAGGGCUCUUUUCUGGAGGCAGCACUAGAUGGCUUGCAGGUUGGCUUUUAGUUCCAUGAUUUGAUUAACAAGAUGGGAGGAGUCUGUAUAAAUGACAAUACAGGCCUACACUGCAGGCCUUCAGAAAGUUGGAAUGAAUUAAUUGGCAGCAGCUGAGAAAGACCCUACACUAAGUGUGUAAGGUGAACUUUUGGAGAUUAGAGGGGAGUUGGCAGAAGAUAGUUGUCUUAAGAGAAAAUGUAGACAAUUCCAGCUCCAUUCCAGAAAGCACAGGGCAGAGAGAAGAGGAAUCUGACACUCAAGGGUGGGAGGCCACCCUCAAACAGCAGACUGCCCAUGAUGGCAGCCACCCCUUCGUGCUGUGGGGCCUGUCUAGCCCCAACCAUGGGGGAGCUGGUCCUGCCACACAGCUGCUGACACUGGAGCUGCCCUGCCAGUGCCAGGCCUUAAAGCCAAUGAGACAGAUUAAAGGGGCCCGUUUUGUUGUUUUUAAACCUCGUUUCAAGACAAUGCUAAGGAAAUAAUGACAGUAUUUAUUGAGCUCUUACUGUGUAGUAGGCACUUUACCUGCGCUAACUCAAUCCUCACCACCCCAUGAACUGGCACAGUUAUUAUCCCCAUUUUAUAGAUGAGGAAAUGGAUUUGACAUAGUGGGUGGCAGGACUGGGAUUCAGGCCAGUCUGGCUCUAGAGCACAGCUCGUAACUGUCACGCUGCACUGUUUCAGCUCCUAGUGUGACCUGCUCAGUAGUCGUAGGUUUGUUCAUUCCAUCACUUAAAACUCAUUGAUUGCAUGGGGCAGGGAGUGGGAGGUGGGAGGUUUGAACAAGUUUCUCAGGAGAGCAAGCUGAUGAGUAGGAGUACCUGGCACUAGCCGACAUGCUGGGUGUUCAGUGAAUAGUUGUUUGUUAAAUUAAUGAUUAAAAACAUGGGCAAGUCAUGCACUGGGAUUAGUCCAGCUCUACCACUAAUGGCAUCUUGGGCAAGUCAACCUCUCCUGAUUAAAUUGUCCUUAUCCAUAAAAUGGGCAUAACACA